AUGUGGCAGGCCCUGAGUUUGAUUGCACCACUAUAUGAGAAACCUUUCUUUAAAAAGUAUGGAAUAGCUUUACCACCAGCAGUUCCUUCCCGAAAGAAGCCUAAGAAAUGCCUGGUGUAUCGGGGCCCUCCUGCCUGUCUCGUUCCAUCCUGCCGCUGGGUCCAGGGGCUGGAUCUCAGCUUCUUCCCUAGGAACGUCACCAGGGAUUUCAAUGGCUACCUAGUUGCCGAGAUAGUCGGUAUAUACUACCCCUGGGACCUUAGAUUAUCAUCCUUUGAAAAUGGAACCUCCUUAAAAAUCAAGUUGGGUAACUGGGCACAGAUAGAGAAGUUUCUAGCAAGAAAAAAAAUUAAACUACCUGAAGAACUGGUCCAUGGCACGAUUCACUAUAAAGCUGGGGUGCCGGAAAUACUGAUUCAAGAGGUUUACACUUUACUAACACAUCAAGAAAUUAAAAGUACCCAGGAUGACUACGCUAAUUUCACAGACUAUAGUUACCAAAUGCGUUUGCCACUCGUUCCCAGGUCUACAGUUUCAAAGUCGAUUAAAGAUAACAUUAGGUUAUCCGAGUUACUAAGCAAUCCUAAUACGCUCAGCAAUGAACUCAAGACAGAAUUCCUCUUCCUUUUACAAAUGCUGCAAAGAAAAUUAAGUAGAAAAUUGAACCCAGAGUGGUUUAACGUCAAACCAACAGUGGGAGAAAUUACAAUCGAUUAUCUUCCUUCGAGAGGCUGUGGGUGCAGAUAUAAACCAAGGGUUUCAAAGGAAAGAGCUGUGUCUGCUUUACCAAAAUCAAGCAGUGAUUACAGUCCGAAUAGAGAAAUUCUUGUGAAGCAAAGUGGGAAGCCUUCUUGUGAGUUCGUUACAAAACCCAUGAGAAGUGCGAACAAAACAGCAAAGGUCACAUAG